AUGACAAAAAUAAGAGAUUACAAUGUAAUUUACACUGAUGGAUCUAAGCUUGAUCAGAAAGUGGGUUGUGCAAUAUAUUUGGAAAAUUUGAACAUUAAGUUGGGAUAUAAACUGCCUGAUUUUGCUUCAAUUUUUACUGCGGAAAUUUUUGCUAUUAAAAAAGCAAUAGAGUUAAUUCAAAGGCACAAAAUAAUGAAGACAGUUAUAUUCACCGACAGUAAAAGUAGUAUAGAAACUCUACAAAAUUUAUACAACAAAACUCAGGCAUCAGAUAUAUUGUUCUAUGAAGUGUGGUUCGAUAUUAAUAGGCUGAUGAGAAUAGGGUAUACCAUUAAAAUAAUAUGGAUUAAGGCCCACUCAGGAAUCAAAGGAAAUGAAAUAGCUGAUAAAUUAGCAAAACAAGCAACAAAAAUGGAUCUAGUAUGCAUGUAG